UGCGUCUGCUCUUUGAUUGUGGUGCUAGCUGUUCAGUUAGCUAGCUAGGUACAGCCAUUAUAGAUACAAGUUGUCAACACGUUUCUCAUUCGGUAUCUAAAUCUAAACCUACCGCGACAAUGAAAGAUGUUACCGGGUACCUCAAAACGCAACAGAGCAUCAGUUCGACUCCGGAGAUGGCAUCGGAAUGGCACACACUAGAGGAGUUUUACAACAAAAAGUUGUGGCAUCAGUUGACCCUAAAGCUCACAGACUUUGUAAAAGACCCUUGCUUUGCCACAGGAGAUGGCCUCAUACAACUGUACGAUAACUUCCUCAGUGACUUUGACCACAGAAUCAACCCCCUGUCUCUGGUGGAGAUCAUCCUGUAUGUUGCCAGACAAAUGACCGAUCCUAAAGAUGCUAUCACUUUCCUUGAGAAGACUAAGGAGAAGGUGAAGAGCAACGAUGAGUCGGUCAUUCUGUGCAAGACAUCUAUUGGAGCCCUUAAACUGGAGAUAAAUGACCUUCCAGCCACAAAGAUAUUAAUUGAGGAGGUGGAGGAGACGCUGAAUAACUUGCCGGGUGUGACGUCAGUCCACGGACGAUUCUACGACCUGUCCAGCAAAUACUACCGCAUUGUGGGGAACCACGCCUCUUACUACAAGGACGCUCUGCGCUACCUUGGCUGUGUCGACAUCAAAGACCUGCCAGAGACAGAGAAGCAGGAGAGGGCUUUCACACUGGGUCUGGCUGGACUCUUAGGAGAGGGAGUUUACAACUUCGGAGAGCUGCUGAUGCACCCAGUACUGGAGUCCCUAAGGAGCACAGACAAGCAGUGGCUGAUAGACACAUUGUACUCCUUCAACGGAGGCAACGUGGAGAAGUUCCAGGCCUACAAGUCUGCCUGGGGAGCGCAGCCUGACCUGGCAGCCAACGAAGCCAAACUGAUGCAGAAGAUUCAGCUGCUGUGUGUGAUGGAGAUGACGUUCACUCGUCCCGCCAACAACAGACAGCUGACCUUCCAUGAGAUUGGACAGAGUGCCAAGAUCCCCGUGAACGAGGUCAGUUGGUCAUCAAUCCACCAAUCGUAUGUCACUUAUGACAAAUCAUUAAUAUCUGGAGGCUUCUUAUGAACAUAGGUCUGUAUC